UCUUUAUUUGCUUCUUCAAGCAGAUCACACACCCUACCUCUCUUGUGUCCCAGCUUCUUCUUCUUCCCCAUAUCUCCUAAAAGCUUCACACACAAACUCCAAACCAACCUUUCUUUUCUUAUCUACACCAAAAAGUUACAUACAGCUCUUCCUUUGAUCAGAUCAUGGUGAAGGAAACAGUAUACUAUGACGUUCUUGGUGUCACUCCCUCCGCUUCCGAGGAAGAGAUUCGCAAGGCUUAUUACAUCAAGGCAAGACAAGUUCAUCCUGAUAAGAAUCAAGGUGAUCCUCUUGCUGCUGAAAAGUUCCAGGUUCUAGGUGAAGCUUACCAGGUUCUGAGUGAUCCUCUUCUGCGUGAAGCGUAUGAUCAGACUGGAAAACUCUCAGCUCCCAAAGAAACAAUGGUUGAUCCAACGGCUGUUUUCGCUCUUCUCUUUGGAAGUGAGCUAUUUGAGGAUUAUAUAGGUCACUUAGCUGUUGCAUCAAUGGCUUCUGAAACCGAAAACUCUGAUCAGAUUCAUGACAAACUAAAGGCUGUUCAGAGAGAAAGAGAAGAGAACCUAGCUAGGUUUCUCAAAGAUUUUUUAAACCAAUACGUCCAUGGAGACAAAGAUGGUUUCAUACACCGCGCUGAGUCUGAAGCCAAGAGACUUUCAGAUGCAGCUUUUGGAGUGGAUAUCUUGAAUACAAUUGGAUAUGUAUACACAAGACAAGCAGCUCAAGAGCUUGGGAAGAGAGCUAUUUACUUGGGAGUUCCUUUUGUAGCUGAAUGGGUUAGGAACAAAGGGCAUUCUUGGAAGUCACAGAUGAGUGCAGCCAAAGGUGCUUUUCAGUUGCUUCAGCUGCAAGAAGAGAGUAGCCGGAGGUUCAAGAAAGAUGGGACUAGUCCUGCGAAUGAGUUGGAGUCUCAUAUUCAGACAAACAAAGAAACACUUAUGGGGUCUCUUUGGAAACUCAAUGUAGUUGACAUUGAAGUGACUUUGUUGCAUGUGUGUCAGAUGGUAUUGCGUGAAAACAACUUGAGGAAAGAGGAGCUUAAGUCUAGAGCAAUGGCUCUCAAGAUUCUUGGCAAGAUUUUCCAGCAAGGAAAGCAAUCUAGGAAUGGUGCAACAUCAAGAAGAGAAGAUGAAGAUAGCAGUGAUGAUGAUGAUGACAGUAGCAGCGAUGAUGAUUCUUCACAACCACUUUCAUACAGAACUCCUCUGCUCACUCAGGGCAUUGGUAGACUCUUCAGAUGUCUCUGCAAUCCAGCAUUUGAUGUAGACGAUGAUGAAAUCGUAUACAAAGGCAAAUGAUCAAUACCACACUGAAAGUGAUGGUAUCACAUGUGCAUGUGAUUGCAGCCACAAAGUUAUUUAUUCUUUAUAUAUAAAAUUUAUAUUUUGCAAUGAUGAUGAUUGAUGGAUCGAACUUUAACAAAGUGUUAAAAUAAGUACAAAAGUGAGGAAAAUGCAGUGUUUGUACUUUGUAAUCAUUUACAAGAUUGCUUUAUAAUGUUUUGUUAUAAUAUUACUUCCGUUGGUGCUA